GUGAAAAGUGCUACAAUUUGUAAACACACUUAUAAACGCAUUUUACUUAAGUAUGCAGCCUUUACUAUGCUUUAUAGUUAAAAAUGGAGAAAACAGAAGGUUUUUACGAUCUAUGCAUACCUUAUGAGCAGGACGAAAAAAUCUUGCAAGAUAUCGUCAAAGAAGCCCUAAGACUGGGCUACAAAACCAUUGCUAUAGAUCAAUUGUAUGAUCACAGUAAACGAGAUGUUACCAAACGGACGCCGGACAUAUUUCCUGCACCUACUAUACUGAAAAAAUUGGAAGAUGAGUUUAAGAACCAAGUCAAAAUCCUAAAGAGGUUGACAAUUAUAUACGUUGAUGUUGGAAUUGCACACGCAAUGACGAAUUCCCAAAACCUCAGAAUGUACAACAUAAUUGCUGGUCAACCAAAGACUGACGGCGCUUUGACUCACUGUUGCACCAGUUUCUCUGGUGACUUGGUGACUUUCGACAUGGAAACAAGAGUCAAGUUGUUGGUGAACCGAAAGGCAUAUCAAAUGGCUGUAAAGCGGGGAAUGUUUUUUGAAAUCAAAUAUGGACCAGCUACAAAAGAUUAUUGCAUACGGAAAGAUAUGAUAAAGUUGGCACACAACUACUGUGUUCGUGGGAAAUCAAGAAAUAUUAUUUUUAGUAGCGGCGCAAAGAAUGCCUUUGAAUUGCGAGGACCCUACGAUGUGGCAAACUUGUCAUACAUAUUUGGAUUAUCAGAGGAUCAGGGGAAGAACGCCGUGGAUAAAUCGUGCAGGCAAUUAUUUCUGAGAGCUGAAUCUCGUCGUACUGGCAAAACAAUUAUGACUUUAAAGGCUUCAGGGCCUGUAGUGUUUUCCAAUAUCUCUGAAGAGGAGGAAGAGAUGCAUGAUUAUAAACAAAGAUGCUAUGAUUUUAGUACCGUAAAGGAUGAAUCUGAAAGUGAUUCACUAGAACAACCAAGCAAAAAGAAAUUAAAAUUGCUGUGAAAUUUGUAAAUUAAUUUUCCACUGAGAGGUUACAAUAAAGAAAAUUAUCAGCGGAGUGACUAUUGGCACACAA